CCUCCUCCAAGCAAGCACGCACCGAGAAGCCAUUCAGAAUGUGCCCGGGAAGCAGCACGCACGCCCAGCAUGCGGACACGCGCGAGACGGACGGGCAAGAGGCGCCAGAGGGGACGUGGCAGCUGCUCGUCGACGUGCACUGUCACCCAACCGACGACCCCUCGCCGUGGGCCGACAUGGAAGCACACGCCGCCAAGUUUGCGCACGUCAAGCUGGGCGAGGCAGUGGCGAUGAGCACCUGUGCUCGCGACCAGGCGCUCGUCGCCGACCUGGUGCGCCGCAAGGGAAGCAAGGUACGGCCUGCAUUUGGCUACCAUCCGUGGUUCGUGCACACCAUCAGUCUAGAGCAUCCUGCGCCAAGCGCCGAGCAGCACUACCGCUCCUUGUUCGGCGGCGCAAGCGCCACAGAAGCACAACUCGCGGAUCUCGAAGAGCUGCUGCCUCAUCUGCCUGCGCCUGUCUCGCUGCAAGACACGCUGGCUACGCUGCGGGGCAAUCUCGAGGCUCAUCCUUCUGCCCUGCUGGGCGAGGUAGGCAUCGAUCGAGCCUUCCAACUGCCCGUCUCGCCCGCUGGCUAUACGCUUGAUCCGGCAGUUCGGGGACCCGCACUGGCCAAGAAACAAGCGGAAGAGACGCAUUCCUUGGGGCGUCGUUCGAGAGCGCUGACGCUCCUGAAGACGCCGCUGGAGCAUCAACUCAGCGUGCUGACGGCACAGGUGGAGCUCGCAGUGAAGCUGCGGCGCAGCGUAAGCAUGCACUCUGUCAAAGCCCCUGGCGCCACUCUGCAGUGGCUCGACGAGAUGAAGAAGCGCUUACCGAGCGCGACGCCGUCGCUUGCGGGCAUGAGCAAGCGCAAGAGAAGGGCUGUGGAAUUGGCGGCGCGUAGUCGCGAAGCAGCUGCGGGUCCGGCCAAGGCGGAUGACAAGCCAUCGCCGCCGGGCUUCGAGGACAUCAACCUAGACCUGCAUUCCUGCUCGCUGUCACCGCUGCAACUGCAGCAAGUCCAGGAGAAGCAUCAGAACGUCUAUGCCUCCUUCUCCACCACCAUCAAUCUGCGACAGCAAGCCUUCCACUCGCAGCUCUCCGUUGCCGAUCCCCAACGCGUGCUCAUCGAGUCAGAUUGGCACAGUGCCGCUGGCCUCGCGGCGCGCACGUGGGCCGUGUGUCGACUGCUCGUCGAUGCGCAGGGAGAGGAACUUACAGGGCCGUUGCCGAAGGAUACAAGCGAGGAGGGACGCUAUCGUCUUGGAGCGGAGGCGUUGCAACGCAAUUGGAGGCGGUUCGUGGGCGAGACUCAAGCUUGAGACACGACAGUGCGCAGCGGAGGGCAUGGAAAUACAAUUGCGAGGAAAACCCCCCCCCCCAACCUCUCUCUCUUUCUCUACCGCUUGCCGCGUGCAGCCUGCUUAUUACGCUUGACGGCCUU